UCGACAUCCAGCUAGGCAGACCAACUCCAAUACAAACAACUGACUGAGCUCUCGUGCGCGCGCUCUCUCUCUUUCCUCUCUCUUUCUUUCUCCACGCCCCUAUCUUUCAUCCAAGUCCUCCUAUAGGUUCGGUACAGAGCACGCACCAAGAUGCCCAGCAAGAGGAAGAAGAACAAGCGUCGCAUGAGAAGGGUGCAAGCCCAGAGAAGAGCACUUGAAGAACAGCAUGCUGCCAAUCCGCCAGUGAAAGCCAGCCGGGGGAUUGCAGUGAGUGCACCCCCUGCAGGAACCACAAAAAAAGCGGCUAAAGCUCCACCUCCAGAAAAGAUCUCACAGGCCAUUCCUGCUGUUAUCCCUACUGUAGAAACUCCCAAAUUAGAACCAAAAGCAGAACCUGUUGCAAAGCCCAUUCCAGAUGAGGUACAGCCACCACAGUCUGAGGCUGUGUUGUUGGAGCAGACUCCAGCGACAGCUGAGAUUGAAGUCCCAACACCUGUCACUGUAGAAGCACGAGCUGCUGACACUCCAUCAGUGAAGCCCUCUACAGUUGAAGCUAAUGUAGUGCAAGAGCCUGAACCCAAGAUUCCUGAAACAGAACCAAUAACUGAGGUCACACCCUCACCUGAAGCUCCAGUGGUUGCUCCCACUGAAACUGAGAUUCACACAGUUGAUUCUGCGAUCAUAAAAACUGAGACUCAGGAGACAGAGGAUAAAUGUGAGACACAGGAAAAAGUGGGAGCUGAGGCCCUUGCAGAGGAAGGUGCUGUGACUGAGGUCGAAGUGGAGGUGGCUGUCACAGAAGAUAUUGCCGUACCAGAGCCUGUGACACGAGCCUCUGAAAAAACAGUGGGAGAUGCAGUUAGCGGUGGCCAAGUUUCUGCUGAAGCAGAGCCUCCUCUGGGCAAGGUGGUAACAGAGACUGUUGCUGAAUCAGUGAUGGAGGUUGUCACAGACGUACCUGAGAACGAACGAGUGACUGAAGCGGCUGUCAGUCCUGCAACCCCAGCUGCUGAAGAUGGUAAAGAGGUGUUGGCGGAGGAGAAUGCACCCGAAGUCCCUGCUGAGACUGCUAUAAAAACAGAGCAGGCUCCUGUCAAUUCUGUGGAGGCGGCUGCAGUACCUGAGACCAGCCCUGAGGCUACAGCACAAGAGGCUAAACCCAAAGAGGAUGCUGUGGCCAUGCUGAUUGAUGCCACGCCAGUUGAUGAGUUUGUUGUGACAGAAUCUGUCUCGCCAGUAGAAGUUGCCACUGAGUCUGCUGCUGUCCAGCAGGAAAUUUUACCCGUGAAUGACACUUCGAGUGCCCACACAGACUCCGUGGAUGUGACGACUUCUGAGUUUGAACCUGCUGUUGCACCUGCAGAACACACGGAUGCCGCAGAGCCAAAAUGUCUGGACAGGCAGUCAGAAGCGUCAAAGUCAGAAAUCUGUGAUGUGGAAUGUCAGAUGGAAAUCUCUGUGGAGUCUGUGCAGCUCAGUUCAGUGGAGAUGCCAGUGGAGACGGCGCUAAAUGCACACAUUGUUCCAGAGGUCUCUAUUGAGGGCUAGAGCCACAUCACAGAGCUCAGAAGGUCUUUUUUUAUUUAGUCCCCAUUUUGUCUUUUGGAGGACUCGAAGCUUGCAGGGAGGCAACCAGCUGACCUUUUCAUUUUUUAAGGCUUAGGACCGAACUGCCAGGAAAUCGAAGAGACAUCCACACUUUGAAGUGCCUUUUCCUGCCCUGGUUUCUGUUAUAACAUCAAACCAGAUGUCAACAUGCAAAAAAUGUCUGCAUUCAAGGGAGCAGAAGAAUAAAACAUAUUGUGGCUCCUUUUAUACAGAAUUUACCCCCCAAACCACGUACAAUGAUUUUGUUUCAGCAGUGGAAGCAGAAGUGCCGCAGAGAUGAUGAUUCUUUCAAAUCAUACUGGACAGGAUCUGAUAUUUGUCAGCACGUCCCCAUCUCUGUAGAACAUCUGCUUCCACACAUGCAUGUGAAUACCGUAGCACUGACGAAUGCGCCUCCAGUUUUUACUUAGGCCCAUUUUCAAAACAUGUUGUUUUUUGUUACUUGUUUCAAAAUCACUGACUUACUGCUUAGUAAUAUUUUUCCACCAUAUGUGAUAUAUACAUACAGCUUUUUCUCUGUCCUUGAACUGUCUCUGUCUCAAAUAAGUGCCAGCGCUAAGGUUAGUGUGAUGCUAAAACUACAUGAAGUUACAGUUUUAGGUUCCAUGGCCACUGGACACUGGCAGAUUUUGAGGGGAUGAGGACAGUUUCUGAUUUUUUUUCUUUUUUCACCUUUUCCUAUUUGUAAUUCAUCGUAUUUAGACAACAUGACGUGCUACUGUUUCGUGUUGAAUCUGUGUUCUGGAGGGGAAAUACAGUAGGGUUGCUGUUGGGCUGUUGAUGGGCAUACCUAAACUUUGAAAUAAAGCUGUACCUCAUUGGGA